AUGGCUACUACACCACCUAAAAAGUAUAGUGUGGAGCUUCCGAAUACUCGAAAACCUGGGCAAACAGGAAUUUAUCGAAAUGUUUUGUAUUCGGAUAAUUUGCUGACGAGUUUUAGUCCAAAUGUCAAAACAUUGUACGAGACUUUUCAGAAUGCUUUAAAAAUGUCAAGAACAAGAAACUGUAUUGGACACCGUUACUUCGACAAAAAAACACAGCAAUACGAGAAUUAUGUGUGGCAAACUUACGAACAAGUGGCGGAUCGAAUUACGAAGUUUGGAUCUGGGUUAUUAUAUUUAAGUGAUACUGUGGUCAAGAAUCCGAAAACUGAACAAUGGGCUGUAGGAAUCUAUUCGAAUAACAGACCUGAAUGGUUUAUAACGGAUCAGGCUAAUAUUGCCUAUAAUCUUCGUACGGUUGCGCUUUAUGAUACGUUAGGACCAGACGCUGUUCAAUACGUAAUCAAUCACGCCGAAAUACCGAUUGCCGUAAUCGCCGGCAACCGCAUCCCCGGCGUUCUCCAAAUAGCCUCAAAAAUUCCCGGGUUAAAAAUCAUAAUCUCAAUGGACGAAUUAGAUGACAACACUUCUCUGCCAAUUACUUCAGUCACACCGGCGAACGUGUUAAAAGCAUGGGCCGAAGAAAAAGGCAUCAAGCUUUAUACGUUUACCGAGGUUGAAAAGCUGGGAAGUGAACAUACGUAUCCGCAUAAUCCGCCUAAACCGGAGGAUAUUGCUUGCAUUUGUUAUACGUCUGGUACUACGGAUGUGCCGAAAGGCGCUUUGCUGACUCAUGCUAAUUUUGUUGGCGCUAUCGCUGGGAGUUUGGCGGCUUGGAAUUCUGACGAGAAUGAUGUUUUGAUAUCUUAUCUACCGCUCGCUCACAUUAUGGGACGUUUAGUUGAACUAUGUGUAGUUGCCAGAGGUUCCAGCAUUGGCUAUUUCCGCGGCGAUAUGUUAGGACUAAUCGAAGACAUCGCCGUACUACGCCCAACAUUAUUCCCAUCAGUUCCGCGACUACUGACGCGCAUUUAUGCCAAACUUGCGCAAAGCACAAUCGAGGCGCCCGGUAUCAAGGGCACUUUGGCAAGACGAGCUGUCGCGGCAAAACUACAGAAACUCCAAGAUGGGCAAGGAUACACGCAUGCAUUAUGGGAUGCGAUUAUUUUCAAUAAAGUGAAAAAAGUGUUGGGUGGUCGAGUAAGAUUUGUGUUGACUGGGUCUGCGCCGAUCGCUCCAGAAGUUUUGCAGUUUUUGAGAAUUGCGUUUGUGUGUGAUAUAGCUGAAGGAUAUGGACAGACUGAAAGUGUAGCCGGCGGCGUUGUAACGCUAGAAGGUGAAAAUCUUGCUGGUCAUGUCGGUGGUCCCGUUCCCAGCAUUGAAGUAAAACUUGUGGAUGUUCCCGAAAUGAACUAUUUAUCGACUGACAAACCAUAUCCUCGUGGCGAACUCUGUAUUCGUGGGACGAACUGUUUUGUCGGAUAUUACAAAGAUGAAGAGAAAACUAAAGAUACGAUAGACGAGGAAAAAUGGAUGCAUAGUGGAGAUAUUGCGUAUGUUGAUGACCGAGGUGCGUUUACCAUCGUGGAUCGCAAGAAAAAUAUAUUUAAACUCUCUCAGGGGGAAUACGUGGCACCUGAAAAGGCAAAUAUCAUUGCAUCCAAAAUUUCUAUAGAAAAUGUUUACUUAAACUCACCCUAUGUACUACAAAUUUUCGUUCAUGGCGACUCGUUGCGCAAUUACCUUAUUGCCAUUGUUGUACCUGACCCCGAAACAUUUGUUCCCUGGGCAAAUCAAAUAACUGGUGAAACUGUUUCGUUGGGUGAUGCUGACGGACUUAAUAAGCUUGUGAACAAUCCACGUGUGCGAAAAGCGUUUUUAGCGGAGAUGGAUCGUGCUGGAAAGCAGGGAAAAUUGCGCGGGUUAAAACUCAAACGACACCAAGCAAAACAAUAUUUCCGUGAAGAACUUGACAAAUUAUAUGCCGAGUCUGAAUCUGACAUCAAGAAUAAUGAGAAGGCCAAAUUGUGA